AUGACGAGAAAAACAUCAAAGCUAGAUAAGUACGACUUGCCACCCUCAUAUGAUAUAUCUGAGGGCAACAAUGAUGCCGAAGUUGAAGCUAGAUCUAAAAAGUCGAGGCUGAAGAACGUGCCAUAUAGGCCGUCGCCUGAACAGCAGCGACAGAUCGAUCUUUUAUCGGGGACUGCAACAAACAGCUCAAGGCCACAAUCCCAUCUAACGGCUGUCAAUAGUGCAACCCGUACAGAAUACUUUGAUUUGCUUCCAUCUUUUGAAAUGUUCCAGAGCAUACUAAGACGAGAUGAUCGUCAAUUUCAGGAGGAUUUUUCCAGAUCUCCGCCACGAUAUGGCGAUACCUUAAAUAGUACAUCUAGCAACGAUGUAUCGCUAGCACUGACUCCACGCCAGUCAAUUGAUCAGAGCCUAACCAAUUUGGUCCCCGAAUAUACAAUAGAACAGGAGUUGGAAAGACAACGGGAACAGGAGCAAGGGGUGUUCAGUGAAGUCAGUCCUAGGCCAUUGCUAAGUCCCAUGGUUUCAUCUCCUGGUGUGCAUAAUCAGAACGUUGCUGUAACGCAAGAAACGUAUGGGGCAUCACCUUUGGACAACAUAGAUAAAUUGCAUAAAGCAACAAAUUCUGCAAUCGACAUUCAAAUAUAUGUUACUAAAACGAUUCCACAGCCAAACACCAAAAGUGAAUUAGAAUUUCGCUUAAAAGAGUACACCAGUGGUGACCACGUCAAUGGAUAUGUUGUUGUGACAAAUACUUCAGAUUCACCGGUUGAGUUUGGUCUCUUCACUGUUUCACUUGAAGGAACUGUCAAAUCUACGGAGAAGAAUCCACACGCAUUCAAUUUUAACAACAAGUACAGCCGAAUCUUGAUGAAGAAGUUUCUCAAAAUGUAUGAUUUGAGUGCAAGUUACGGAUACACAUAUGUGCCAAAUAGUGCUGGGAUCGAAUACGAGCCAUUUACCUUGGAUAAAAUGGAUGGUUGUUUGAUUGGUCUCCCCGAUAACAGGAUAUUACAGCCAAAGACCAAAUACAAGAAGUUUUUCACUUUCAAGUUCCCCCAUGGAUUGUUGGACAACGCUUGUGUAAAUUCGGUUCUUCCACAUUUGUUACCACCGCCCUCAAUGGGGGUGGACAAGACGUGUUUCUACAAUAGAGGUGAAAGUAUAACCUUGAACAAGACAUUGGGAUACGGCACCUUAAAUAUAAGGGGCACUCCGUUGUUGACAAGGGACUUUUGUUUUGACGACAUGAGUGUUUCCUAUACCAUCGAGGCUAAAAUUAUCGACAAAGUUAACUCGAAAGAGGCUGUUUCGCAUCAAGAUAUAGACAAUGCCACAAAUGAUUAUGUGAUUUCUAAAUCUGCACAAUACUUUCUUCGCUUCAUUCCAGAUUUGAAAGAGCAGGUUGCAUAUUGCAAACUACACAGCUUAGGCAAUUUCCCUGACGUAGGACUCGGUGGCAAAUUUUUAGAGCAAUUGAAGUACAACACCACCUGGCAUCAAAUUCAAGAACUAAAUAAUAAAGUGGAAAAGGAGAUUGACCAGAAGCUCAACAGUGAUGAAUUAUCGCCUUUUGAAAUGAAGUUGAAGAAUUUAAAGCUUAAUGAAGACUCGAAGAUAAUCCUUGAUGACAACUUUGUCACAACUAACCGCCCGGUAGAUAUAUAUGGAAAGAAGAAGAAAAUGAUUUUAUCUUCCCUAAUCAAAAUAGGACAGCUGACAAUGUCGAUCAAUUUCCCUGAUAAGGUUAUACCGUAUGGGUCGCCAAGAUUGUUGAUGAAAUAUAAUAGUGGAAAUGACAAUUCCUUGCAUCCAGUAACCAGCAAUAUGGAAGAGCUAUAUAAUCGAGAUGAUGAAGAUGUACUUGACACCCUUGAGACUGACUUGUGUUUUGAGAGUGAUAGCAAUAUUAGACCACCUCCAAUAAAGGUCAGCACAAACAUAGUGGUAUGGUCAUAUCACACGGAGUACCCUCUUUCGUUUGAAAUUGGCUAUGACUUUUUCUACAAGAAUCAAGCAAAUGCACUGAAUGACUCUGUAGAGACAACUGAGAAGAACUUGCACCAGAUAAAAGAUCAAGUUGGUCAUUACAUCAAUUUUUUGAAAUCAAAUUCAUUAAUUGUCAGCAAAGAAUCGUUCAUGCACUUGAAAUCUGUGCAAAAAUUGGGCAUAAUGAAGGACACGGUCAAGGACUAUUUUCGGACCGAUCUCGAUGAGCCUGAUUGGAAUGUCUCACAGUUAGGCAAUGGGAAAUUCAGGUGGACAAAACGAUUGAAGAUAUCCUUGAGCGUAGAAAACAAACAUAAUGUAACGUUGAUACCCACAUUCCAGAACUGCUUAGUGGGUAGGUUGUACUGCUUGCAAGUCGUGGUCAAAUACAAGGGAACAAAUAGUGAACAGAAUGAGUUUGCACACAAUGUCGUUAGUUUAGAUGUUCCGGUGUUGGUAGGAUGA